UUGCAGAACAGAUUUUUUGUUGAUAUGUAGAUGUCAAAUCUUCAGCUGACACUCCGUUGUUUUUUUGAGUUGAUUUUACUGGAGGAGAUUGUGUUGUUAUCGUUGCUGGAAGUUGUAUAUUUCUGAUGAUUCUGUCGAUUCUCCCAAUUUUAAGCGGGGGAUUUUUCUCUACUAGUUUUUCUCGGCUUUUGUUUCUCGGUUUUUUAGUUCCCUGUUUUAGGGUUUUGUACUUCCCUCUUCAUUAUUAAAAAAAAUUUUCUAGUCAAGUCCUUGUUUUUUUUUGGAAUGGGCUUUUGCUAUUUAUUAGAGAUUUUUCUUUUUAUUUUACUCUUCGUGCAGCUUUGUGUCCGGCUCAAGUUGAUGAUCGACGGCUAUCUAAAAACUCACCUGACCCAAACUAGUUCACUAUGUAAAAAAAUUAGUGUUUUUCUCGGCGUGAGCAUAGUUGAUAGUACAGUUGAUGAUGCUUAUGGUUAUUUAUCCUUGCCGGUGUCUUCUGAUGAUUAUUAUUUACUAGAUUUUUAUUUAUUGUGA